GGGGCGGGCAGGAGGAGGAGCCGCCGGUGGUGGUGGCGGCGGCGGAGGAGGGAAGGGCGGUCCCGCGGCUCGGCGGCAUCUCCGGGGAGGAUGCCGGUCCAUUCCCGGGAGAAGAAGGAGAACAACCACGAUGAGAUGGAGGUGGAUUACGGGGAGAACGAGGGGAGCUCCUCGGAGGAGGAGGAGACCGAGAGCUCGUCCGUGUCCGAGGAGGGGGACAGCUCAGAAAUGGAUGAUGAGGACUGUGAAAGAAGAAGAAUGGAAUGCUUAGAUGAAAUGUCCAAUCUUGAAAAACAAUUUACAGACCUCAAAGAUCAACUUUACAAAGAAAGAUUAAGCCAAGUGGAUGCAAAACUACAGGAGGUCAUAGCUGGAAAGGCACAAGAAUACUUGGAACCAUUGGCAGCUUUACAAGAAAACAUGCAAAUCCGAACAAAGGUGGCAGGUAUCUAUAGAGAGCUCUGUUUAGAGUCUGUAAAGAACAAAUAUGAAUGUGAAAUUCAAGCGUCUCGCCAACACUGUGAGAGUGAGAAGCUCUUGUUGUAUGAUACUGUACAAAGUGAACUAGAAGAGAAGAUCAGAAGGUUAGAAGAAGACAGGCAUAGCAUUGACAUUACCUCAGAGUUAUGGAAUGAUGAACUACAGUCCAGGAAAAAAAGGAAGGAUCCAUUUAGUCCAGAUAAAAAGAAACCAGUUGUCAUAUCAGGUCCCUAUAUAGUUUAUAUGUUACAGGACCUCGAUAUACUUGAAGAUUGGACAACAAUAAGGAAGGCAAUGGCUACGCUGGGGCCACACAGAGUAAAGCCAGAACCACCUGUCAAAUUAGAAAAGCAUCUGCACAGUGCUAGGUCUGAAGAAGGAAGACUAUAUUAUGAUGGAGAGUGGUAUGGACGUGGACAGACAAUAUGUAUUGAUAAGAAAGAUGAGUGCCCUACAAGUGCCAUAAUUACAACAAUUAACCAUGAUGAAGUGUGGUUUAAGAGGCCUGAUGGAAGUAAAUCCAAACUGUAUAUUUCUCAGUUACAGAAAGGAAAGUAUUCAAUAAAACAUAACCACAAUUGACCAUUACUAAUCAGAUGUGUAACAAGUGGUGUUACCAUGCUUGAUGUGCCAUGAGGUGAAAGAUGUAUUUAAUAAUGUUUUGUAUUCUUAUUAAAUUUAUGGCAGUAUCUGAUGUAUUUGUAGUACUGUAGGUAAACUUCAUGUGGAUGUCCUUGAAUAGGUGAUGACUCUUAAUCAUGUUGACCAAGACAUUUUACCUCUAAGUUGGGUCUAGUGCCUAAGAUAUGAAGUAUGCCUUCACAGAUAAUGGCUGAACUUCUGAUUUAAAAAUAUCUGUAAAAUGCAAAACAUUUGCUUUUAUUAUUGGUGACUAGAUUGUGUGGUAAUUGUGCAAUUAUUUUUACCAGCAGUUCACUCCAUAUAUUAAGUGAAUUGUCAUGUUUAUCUUGGGAGUGUAAGUUAGUCUGCACAAAUGUUGCUUCUGAAUAGUCUAAUGACUUAAGUAUUCUUUUAUCCAAAGCAAACAGAAUUUUUUAAACUUGAGACCCUGGACAGCUCUGACUUUUAUAAGGUUUACCAUGCCACUUGUAACAAAACAAAGCCAACAUUAAGAAAUUUUUGAGGAGCACUUUCUGGUACCCCAUAAUAAAUUUAAAAUGUUGGUGGCUUUCUUUUCUAGGUUAUGCAAGAACAUCACUAGCAAAGCCAAUGUAAAAUUAGGUACACUACAGGUAGAGGCAGUGCUAUGUGGCCCAUAGAGGGUAUGAGUGCCUGGCAAUAGUACGAUGUAAAUGGUAAAUAACUGAAAGUAUUAUAUUGCAUGCUGUACUUGUAUGAUCUAUAGUCUUAUGAAACAAAUAUUCUAAAAACACUUUGUCAAAAGUAAAAUGUACCCUCAGAAAUGGUAUAUCUGGGACAUAUUAACAGUGACCUACUCACCAUAUGCCAGCUUUCCAAAUUUCCCAUAUUUUACUCUCUUCUUAAUGGAAUUGUUUCAUGUAGUUUAAAGAAAGUUAAGCUUGCACAGAAGUUAUAUUUCAAGACAUCAGAGGCAGAGUCUGAAAUCCUUAAUGUUAUAGUACAUGUUUGGAGCGUGUAGAAUAACAUGGGAUUGGAUUGGAUUGGUGGGAUUGGAGAAAAGUCAGGGUUUUUUUUUCCUGGUGGUUGUGUGCACUUUAUUGUCCAUUAUGAUGACACUUCUUGGAGCAAGGAAAACAUGCAUUUGCUUAAAUUGAUCCUGGCAAUGCAAAACUCUUUUGCCCUACAUAAUACUUAACUGCUUUACCUCUGAAAUGUCAUUGCUGGUGCAGGAUGGUCACUACUUGACUGUUGCCAAAAGUCUAAAAGAUUGGAACUUUACAGUGAUAGAAAAGCAUUGCUCAGGAUAAACUGCAUGUCACAUUAACAUUAGCCAACUGUACAUAAAAUGACAGUUGAUGUGUUGGCUUUUGACAGUACUUACUGUAUGUACACAGUUUGAUAAAAAAUUUGUAAUAAAAUAUUUGUAUUUUUUAACGUAGUGUAUAAGUGAUCUGUGAUAGUGGACACUUUGUACAGUUGUGUUACUCUUUUUAUUUUUCCUUGAGAGUUGCAGAUGUUUAAUUCUAAAGAGAGCUAAAAAUAUUGUAGUUUUUAAUGUUGCCUAGAAAUGUUUGUCUUCCACAGAACCUAAAAAGGUGAAUACAGAUAUUUUACUGAAAAAUCACUUUUAAAUCCGAUAUCUUUGCAAUAAACUAAAAUGUAGAAGUCCAUAUUUCAGUAUACGUAUGGACUUGUGUAACCAGAGAUGUAACACAAGUCUCUGUCUUUCUGGCUUCUUUACCCCGAGGUCUUUAUAAUAUGUGAAAGCUUAAACCCUACAGAAGUAUAAAUCAUACACAUGUACUAAACAAGGUUUGUUUAGAAAAUUGUAGAAAUAUACAGUUGUUAAUUUGAAAGUUAACACUUUUUUAGUUUUUUCAAAAUCUUUGAAGAAGGAACUGCACAAGUUACUCACAAAUGCUAUCUAAGUGUGUAAAUGUGCAACUUUAAGUUGUGGAAGUGAAUUUGGGCAUUACUGUAAUAUGGACACUAUGCAUUACUCAAGCAUUUUUAACAGCUGGCCACAGUAACAUUAAUAUACACUUUUGCCUGCAAGAGAGAGGAAUGAGUGCAAAGCAAACUUAAGCAUUGUGGAAAAUAGUUCACAGUCUAGAAUAGAAUAGAAACUGCUGCAGUUUCCACGGUAUGCAUCUGAUGAAGUGAGCUGUAGCUCACGAAAGCUCAUGCUCAAAUAAAUUGGUUAGUCUCUAAGGUGCCACAAGUCCUCCUUUUCUUUUAGUCUAGAAUAGGUGUGCAGGGGAAUGUUAGUUUAUAUUGGGCAUGUAUCUUGAGAGUAUAGUCUUUGUACACAAGCUCAGUAUUUGCUGCUUUGUCUCCAUGCUAUCCCUUGUUACUGGUACCAAGCCAGUAUUACACUCUUCAGACCUGCUCUACACUAACAAAUGUGAUUGUCAACUAACCCUUUAACACUGUUCAGACACUAUAUAGAUAAGUAAGGGCUUGCUUAGCAUUUGUAACUAAACAGUCUUCAACCCCAGUUCAGAUAGCACAAUUGCUGCCCUUAAAUUUUGUAGUGUAGAGCAAGCAUGAACCCUGGGUACAAAGAAAUGCCUGUCUGCAACUGAUAUGAAUGGGACAGAAUUGAGUUUGGGGGCUGGGGAAGGAAAUUAGAAGUCUAUAUUGAAAGAGUGGGUUUUAAAAGCACAUUGCUUACUUUUUGACUUGCCUAAUUUACUCAAUAAAUCAUUUAAAGGGUAUGUCUGCACUGUAGCUGGGAGGUGAGAUUCCCAGCACAAGUAAACAGACUCCGCUCGAGCUAGCAUGCAUAAAAAAUAGCAAUGCGGAUGUUAUGGCAUGGGCGGCGGCUCAGACUAUCUAUCUACACUCAAACCCAGGGAGUUGGCCAGGCUUGGGGAUGGGUGACUAGCCCGAAUUGCCAUCUGUGCAGCACAGUCCAUACGGCUGUUUUUAGUGCACUACCUCAAGCAGUACUAGCAUGAAGCUUUCUACCUGUGCUAGCAAUCGCACCUCCCAGCUGCAGUGUAGACAGACUAAGCAACUCUUUGAUUUUCCUGGCAAGUAAGAGGCUAAGACAGAUUCUGAACUUUUGCAUUAGAUACAAGUUAACUACUUUUUUUUAAUUUGGAAUUUUUAAAAUUGGCAUUCCAAGUCCAGUGCUUUUCCCAUUAAUUUCAAUACAGAAUUACCUUAUAUUCUGUCAAAAUUAUUUUACUCCUGCAUGUUCAGCAGAAAAGGGACAUGUCCAUGGAGUAAACAUGGAUAAUGGUUGCCUAAGAAAAGCUGAAACUUCAAGAGGAGUUGAUUUGUUUUGGUAGUGCUCCCUAUUUAUUAGUGAUCAGGAAAAAGGAGGGCGCUGUACUGUGACAAAAUUUGUAGACUCAAUUACUUAGUCAAAUGAAGAGAACAUCCAGAACUUUAUAGGGACUUGGCUAAGCUGCAUAAAAGGGAGAGGUCUACGAUAGACCACCCAAAUCAGGAAGAGGAGAUGGAUGAGGCAUUUUUAGAACAAAUAACAAAUAUCCAAAACACAAGAGCUGAUAGUAAUGGGUGACUCUACCUCUCCAGAACAGCCGUUAGAAAAAUAAUCUAACAAAACAUAAUAUCUUCAAAUGUACUGGGGACAACUUUGUUUCAGAAAGUUGAGGAAAUAACCUGGAGAAAGCCAUUUUAGAGUUGACUCUGACCAACGGGAGGAAUAAGUUGCCAGUCUGAAGGAAGAAGGCAAUUUGAGUGAAAUUGAUAGGUUUCAUGAUUCUUAAGAAAGGAAGGAGUGAGAGCAGCAGAAUAAGGACAAUGUACUUCAAAACAGACUUUAACAAACUCAGGGCUGCUAGGUAAGGUCCCUGGGAAGAAAAUCUAAGGGGAAAAGAAGUACAGGAAAGCUGGCAGUUUCUCAAGGAGACCAUAUUAAAGGCAUAAUUGCCAACUAUUCCAAUGUAAGAGAAAGAUAGGAAGAGGCCAGUAUUGCUCCAUCAAGAGCUCUUUAAUUACCUGAAAAUCAAAAAGGAAUCCUACAAAAAGUGGAAACAGGGAUGAACUGCUGAGGAAUACAAAAGAAUAGUACAACCAUGUAGGGACAAAAUGAGAAAGGAUAAAGCCUAAAAUAUGAUACACCUAGCAAAGGACAUAAAAGACAAUCUGAGGUUCUUCAAAUACAUUAGGAGCAACAGAAAGAUGAAGAAAAGUGUAGGUCCUCUAGUUAGUGGGGAAGGAGAGCUAAUAGCAGAUGCCAAGAAGGCUGAGGUGUUUAAUCCCUAUUUUGCUUCAGUUUUCGGUAACAAGGUUAAUGGUGACCAGAUACUCAACACAAUUAGAGGUUAAAGAAUAUUUAGAUAAAUUAGAUGUAUUCAAGCUGGCAAGGCCUGAUGAAAUUCAUCCUAUGAUACUUAAGGAAUUAUAUGACUCAACUUUGGAACGGUUAGCAGUUCUUUGAGAACUGAUGGGGAAUGGGUGAGUUCCCAGAGGAUGAGAGAAAGGUACUAUGUUUUCCUAUCUUUAAAAAGGGGGACAAACAGGACCUGGGGAACAUAAGACCAGUUUGAUACCUGGAGAUACUGGAAUGAAUUAUUAACCAAUCUAGAGGAUUACAGUGUUAUAAGGAAUAGCCAACAUGAUUUUGUCAAGAAUAAAUCAUGCCAAACGAACCUAGCUUGCUUCUUUGACAGUGUUACUGUCCUAGUGGAUAAGGGGAAGCAGCAGUCCUGAUAUCUUGAGUUUAGUAAGGCUUUUGAUGCAAUCCCACAUGACAUUGUCAUAAACAAACUAGGGAAAUGGGGUCAAGAUAAAAUUACUAUAAAAUGAGUGCACAGCUGGUUGAAACACUAUAUUGAAAGAAUAAUUGUGAUGCUGGCAGACCAGGUGCCAGCUCUUGCCAAGGCUUUAGGCCUCCGCUGAGCACUGACAGAUUCACUGCUGGAAACCGCUCUGUUUCACCUGUGCUGGUAUAAUUAAGAUGGGUCUUUGAAUUUAUUAACAAUGUGUUUAGUCUUUAUGAAAUGCUUGUAAGUUGCUGCUUACAUUAAUCUCACUUAUAACAUCUUUAUCACAUGCUAUAAGGCAAUACAAUUUUUUGCUUUAUAACUGUAAAAAAUGUUUGCUCUGAAACAGUGAACCCAGUCAGGAGGAAUUCUCUUCUAACCAUCAAGGUGGCCUGUCAAAAGUAAAUGGGCCACUGUGGGACAUCACUAUACAAAGACUUUAUUUGCCCCUUCAUACCCAUAAAGAGGCUACAUGCAAAAGGGCUUGUGUCAUCAGCUUGAAUUCUAGAAGAAGGAAAUAAAAAUAGCUGACAUUUUUUCAUCUCUUUUGCUAUCUAGAGUCUUUCAGGUCCACAGCUGCUAUGAACCAGAAGCAGAGAUCUCCAGAAUCAACCUGGGUUAGCCCUGAAAGACAUUCAGAGCUGACAGAUUACUACAGCACUGUCACCUUUUAAAACCAGAGACUAACUCAUUUGUGUAUAUGCUUGCCUGCUUUAAACCUUGUAAUUAAUUUUUUCCCUAGUUAAUAAACUAACUGAAAAUUUA